AUGAAUUUCUGUCUGCCCCUACUUCUUAUCAUCCUUAAAUACCCAGCUUUCACUCAUGAGGCCUAUACCUUAAAGCCUGCUGGACGUAAGAGUACUCCGCUCACACCCGAAAAUAUGGAUGACUUUUCCUAUCAUCUUCUACAAUGUGACGACAAAUAUUACAGCAAAGAAAAGGUUGAAGAUGCCUACAAACUUGUAUGUAACCAAAAGUUACUUAGCUACCAAGACCUAGAGACCAACAAUGAUCUUAUAUCUGUCGAUGAAAAUUCUUUUGCCCAGGAAUACAAUUUUCCAAAGAAUUCCGAGAUGGCUCGCUUUCAUAAUCCAAAACGUCACUUAUUAUCUGCUAUAUUCACACCUCAAUCUACUUAUAUCGUAUUCAAGUUUUUUUCCGGUCAAGAUAAACACUGCGACUACCUUGGAUUCGUCUACCUCAAUUCGGACAACAGGUAUGAGAUAUGUGAUGAAUUCCCAUGA